AUGCCACCCGACCUGAACUCGCUGCCACCGUCUCGCUCAUCCUCAACCUCAUCCUCUUUCCCACACCGGAACCCAUCCGCCGUUUCCCCGGGCACUACAACCCCCUCCCCCGCCGUCAACCCCAGCUCUACCUCCCCACGGCCCUCACACGGGUCCAGCAUCGGCCGAGUAUCGGUCUCCGAGCGACGUCGGUCAGCAGCCGGGAUGCAUCUCAAUAUGAACGAGACUGGCUCUACAGCCUCGGGCAAUCACCACAGUGAUGCACCCUGGUCCGAGCAUCGCAGCUCGAUGGGCCAGGCAUUCCGCACUGCCAGUCCCACCAGUCACGGCGGCAGCCCGGUCUUUGCGACCGCGGACCCGCACCAUCAGCGGGCCCCAUCGUUGGGUGAGCUGCAUCAGGAAUUGGAGCAGGAGCAGGAAGCACAAGUGAACCGUCUUCUACAGAUGAUCCGCAGCCAACAGGCCCAGCUACAGCAGUACCAGCAGCAAAACCAACAACACAACUCGUCCGCGUCAGGUACAGCAGUCAUCGACGAUACUACCACUCCAGCAUCAGACCGGUCGGCCACCUUCUUCCCGCCUAUCCCUCCACCCGCAACUGCGCCCAGUAAUCGUCUCUCAAUCUCCUCCGUUUCUAACCGUCGAUCGCGUCCAUCCAGUCAAGCUGCUUCACCGAAUCUGCGACCACGGGAUGCAUCGCGGGGACCCGAGGGCACGGAGGCGUUCCCGAGUCUGCGGGAAAGUACAUCCCGACGAAGCAGCCGAGAUGAAGGGGCAUACUAUCAAGCCGAAGCCGCUAUGCUUAGCCGGGAGAAUCAGAUGCUGCGCCAACGGAUCCGAGAGCUAGAACGGCAAAUCAGUGAAAUGACCACCUCCACGAGGCCGACUACUUCUACGGCCCCCUCCUCGACCCCGGCACCAGGGCAAGAGGCGCCCGAAACGGCAGAUCCACAGGCCGUGCGUUCGGCAGAUGCCAAAGACUGA